AUGGCAGCAGCAGAAGCACGAACUGCAUGGCAGUGUAGAGCAAACUGUCGUUUUGUGCAAGAAGAUGUGAGGAUCGCUCCAAGAUUUUCUUCCUUUCCGUCAUCAUCUUCGUCAAAAGCAGAAUCUGAUAUUGCACCUGAGAAUGCUCCAGAAGGGAUUGAUCACUUCACACCAGGUUGCAUGUCUUAUAACCCAAGUUCUGAACUGGCACCCAACACUAAGUGGUGGUUGAACCUGGAACCCAACUUUGGGCCUCAGAAGGAAUUCACGUAUGAACAGCUAAAACUUCUUGAGGCUGAACUUGAAGAUCUAAACUCUGGAUUUGUUAAUAAACCUGCCAUUAUUAGUGACUAUUAUCAGUGCAACGGGGUAAUUAGAAAUCAAAAUGAUAUAAAAAAUACUGUUGAUUCAUUUGUGGAGCAGCCAUGCAAGGUUUCUGUCACUUGUACAAAAAAUGACCAGAGUAAGGGAAUGCCAGAACUCAAGGCAGAAACUGGUAAUGGUCCUCAAUUGCCUAAGAAAAGGGACCCGGGGGAGUUUUGGUACUCAGAUGAUCAUCUCAUGAACUUGGAUUCUUUCAACUGCUUGAGCUCUGAAGAACCCAAGGAACUGUCUUCUGGUUUGGAAUCCCAGUGGGUGGGAACUGAGAAAACUGAACCAUGGUGGCGCUCUGCAGGUAAAGAUGAGUUGGCUUCCUUGGUUGCUCAGAAGUCACUUGAACAUAUUGAGAACUGUGAUCUUCCACGGCCCCAGAUUAAGCAUAGUAGGAAGGGCCCUUCUGCUUUCGACCCUAAUUCAUCAAUUGAUCAGAUGGCUGAAUUGGGUUUCUCCAAUAUGGACACUUAUACAUGGGGAAGCUUUACUUCAGGUCACCCAACACAUGAGUCUGACAGUCCAUCAAGCCAAAACAAUGACUACGGUACAAUCAGCAAGGAUGAGGUUGCAACCCAAAAUAACGCAGAAGAUGAUCGAAGUAAAGCUGAGCUGUUGGAAGCUUUGUGUCAUUCUCAAACACGAGCGAGGAAAGCUGAGGAAGCAGCACAGCAAGCCUAUACAGAGAAGGAGCACAUCAUCACUCUGUUUUUUAAACAGGCAUCACAACUCUUUGCCUACAAGCAGUGGCUCCAAUUGCUGCAACUUGAAAACUUCUGCCUCCAGCGUAAUAGUAAAAAAGAACCAAUUUCCGGGCUCUUUCCAGCUUGCUUUCCAUGGUCCCCGUACAAAGGCAGGCACAUGAAGAAGGGCCAGCGCAGGGCUGGAAAGAGAAGUGGCAGACCAAGGUAUGAGAUUAGCAAGGGUGCUGUUGCUUUUGCACUGGGAUUGGGUCUCGCCGGUGCCGGUUUGCUCCUUGGAUGGACAAUGGGGUGGUUGUUUCCAACUAUUUAA